AUGGUCAAAGGGCCUUGUGCCAUGCCAGAGCUAGCAGCCUUGGAAUACGUCGCUGAGCACACAUCGACUGAUGUCCCUAAAGUCUUCAACGCCCAUUAUUACGAUAAUGAUCUCUACAUUGAAAUGGAGUAUGUCCGUGGAACGAGCCUCGAGGAAGCGGGGUACUGCGGUCACCUGUCGCAAGACCAAAAGAAAUACAUAAUCACUGAGGUGGCGGGCUACAUCAACCAGCUUCGGAGACUAAAACCUCCGGGUGAAGGGAUAGUUGCAUCGGCAAGCCUGGCCUUCCAUCACCGUGUCGGAUCUUAUACUUUCGGGCCUUUCACGAGUCAUGAAGGGUUCCACUCAUACAUUCGAGCGAACGUUCCGAUUGAGGACUGCAACGAAGUACUCGGCCCAGAGGUCACUGAAUGCCACGCACGUCGUUAUCGAAGCUGCUUUAUCCACGCAGAUAUCGCCCCUCAGAAUAUCAUGGUGGAUAAUGAGAAGGCCUCAGCGAUCGUUGAUUGGGAAUUUGCUGGCUGGUACCCAGAAUAUUGGGAGUAUACUAAGGCACACUACGGACAGAUAGAUCGACAAGAGCGGUAUGAUGGAUUAGGAAACGCUAUGGAGAGAUAUGACGAAGAGCUCAGAGCGGAACAAACUCUGUGGAAGCGACUGGACGAGCCACAACUUCCUUGGCGAGGGAGAGACUUUCUGAUUCCGAGCUUGGACCGUACGUAA